CGGCCGCGCGCGCGGGCGCGUAACCGCCGCCAGCUGGAGCCGGGGCGGGCCCGGCGGCCCCGCGCGAGCGGGGCGGGGCGGAACGGGGCGGGGCGAGCGAGGCGCCGGGAUCGCUCCGGCCCGGCCGUCACCGGCUGAGCCCCGGCGCAGCGGAUUCCGCACCCCUGUGGAUCAGAUGUCGUGAACCCUUUCUGGGCUGAGCUGGUUUUUCAGUGCAUCAGGAAGCCUGGAGCACCAAGUGUCCAUCAUGUCUGACUGGGUGCUCCUUGGGCUGAUCGCGGCGCUGGUCGUGCUGCUGCUGCUGACCGUCUUUGGUUUCAUGGUCUACUCCGGGCUUUUCACAGAGGUCGUUGUGAGUGCUGGCUCCCCGCCUGUCGGCAAUAUCACACUGGCCUACAAAUUCAGAGUGGGCCCGUAUGGUGAAUCUGGGCAGCUCUUCACGGACGGCUGCAGCAUCUCUUCGAAGCUCUGCUCCAUCGGUGUCUACUACGACAACCCUCACACGGUGCCUCCAGAGAAGUGCCGCUUUGCCAUAGGCCGAAUCCUGAGCGAGGGAGACGCAAAGCCAUCGGAAGAGCAGAUCAAGCGGUUCCAGAAGUAUGGCUUCAAGAUCUUCUCCUUCCCUGCUCCCAGCCACGUGGUCAUGGCAACCUUCCCAUUCACUACACCGUUGUCCAUCCAUUUAGCAGUCAACCGUGUCCACCCAGCCCUUGACACCUACAUCAAGGAGAGGAAGCUGUGCGCCCACCCCCGGAUCGAGAUCUACAAGGAGGACCACAUCUACUUCGUGUGUCCCCUCGCCCGCCAAGGGGACUUCUAUGUGCCUGAAAUGAAAGAACUGGAGAGGAAGAGCAGGGCUGCCGCAGCUGAGGCCGAAGAUGCCCAGACAGACAUCACAGGGGCUGACACCAUGAGCGAGACAAGCUCCAUCAGCAUGGAGGCCACAACCGACAGCAGAGACACCUCGGUGGCCACCUCCAUCCUGCUGCCCUUCCCAGCCAGCCGCGGCAGGGAGGAGGCGGACAACCGCAGCGAGCACAGCUACAGCGAGUCGGGAGCCAGCGGCUCUUCCUUUGAGGAGCUGGACCUGGAGGUCACCGGGGACGUGGAGGCACCCCCAGGCCUGCUGCCCGACGUGGGCUACACAGGCAACCAGGAGGUCACAAACAAGUGGACCAAGGAGCCCAUCGCUGCCGAGAGAGGAGAAGAGUGAAGCGGAGACCUGGCUGCCUCGCCUCCCGCCAGGGUUUGAGUUACUGGGAACCGGUCACCUUUCCCACGUCCUUCCUCUCCAGCCAAGAGAUUUCGGUCACUGAUUCCCCCUGGGACCCACUCUCCCUCUUUGCAGAAAGGGUGUUUGACCGUUUCAGGGACACUGGGAGGCGGGGAGGUCUUCUGCAGCACUCGGCGGGCGUGGGGUAGGUGCAGGUUGGGGGGGGGCAGUGAAAUAUAUUUGCCGUUUCUGUGUCUCUAGAUGCGUCGCAAAUUCCUCGCAGGCGUCUCGGGGUGGUGGUGGUGGAUAGCAGAGUUGUCCCUCCUCUUUGCUGGUGCCCCUCUCACCACAGCUUCUGCCGCACCGCCGCGUGUUUUCUAGCACCAAAGAGCCGUGAGUAGGGUCAGUUGGGUUUGUUCCCCUCUUCUCUUCCCCUUGCUGAAAAAUGGAAACAUCCCGUGUAAAAACCUGGUCCUCCUGGCACUGCCACGGGUGCUUGCGGGGUCUGUAAUAAAGUGGAUGCUUUUCCUC